AUGUUUGGAACUAGUGGAAUAUUCUUUGCGAUUGGUGACUUCGUCGAUCCCAUCACAUCAGCGCGCACAUUCUUCGAUACCGACAACCACACGCUUCCAGCUGACGAGCGCGUGAACAACAGCCUUUUCUCUCGUACUCAGAAGAUGCAGCUCCAGUUCUACUCGACACACUAG